ACCAGUGAUGGGAGGAUGGUUGUUGCAAAUUUAUCAAAAAUAUAUCCCAAGGAUAUGGAGGCUCCUAUUGGUGGAGUAGAUGACAUGACCAACCUAUCAUAUUUGCAUGAGCCCAGUGUUUUACAGAAUUUGGCAACUAGAUAUGAGCUUAAUGAUAUAUAUACAUAUACUGGAAGCAUUCUUAUUGCCAUCAAUCCAUUCCAAAAUUUGUCUCAUCUGUAUGAUGCUGACAUGAUGGAGCAAUACAAAGGGGCACAAUUUGGGAAGCUCGGGCCUCAUGUUUUUGCAAUCGCUGAUGUUGCUUAUAGGGCAAUGGUCAAUGAAGGGAAAAGCAACUCCAUUCUGGUCAGCGGUGAAAGUGGGGCUGGUAAGACUGAAACCACGAAGAUGCUUAUGCGAUACCUUGUCUAUUUGGCUGGCCAUACUGCCAUCGAAGGACGGUCAGUGGAACAGCAAGUUCUUGAAUCAAAUCCUGUUCUUGAAGCAUUUGGCAAUGCAAAGACGGUUCGAAAUAACAAUUCUAGCCGUUUUGGUAAAUUUGUGGAGAUUCAAUUUGAUAAGCAUGGAAGGAUAUCAGGAGCUGCUAUUAGAACUUAUCUUCUUGAGAGAUCUCGUGUUUGCCAAGUUUCAGAUCCUGAGCGCAACUAUCACUGUUUUUAUCUUCUUUGUGCAGCACCACCAGAGGAAAUUGAGAAAUAUAAGUUGGGAAAUCCUAAAUCGUUUCAUUAUCUCAAUCAAUCAAGUUGCUAUGAAUUGGCUGGUGUGAAUGAUGCCUACGAUUAUCUUGCGACUAGGAGAGCUAUGGAUAUUGUUGGAAUAAGUGAGAAUGAACAGGAUGCAAUUUUCAGAGUUGUUGCUGCAAUUCUUCAUCUUGGUAAUAUUGAUUUUGAUACAGGGGAAGAAAUUGAUUCAUCAGUACUAAAAGAUGACCAAUCCAAAUUUCAUCUUCAAAUGACCGCUGAACUUCUUAUGUGUGAUCCUCAUGCAUUAGAGGAUGCACUUUGUAAGCGUGUGAUGAUCACCCCAGAGGAAGUUAUCAAGAGGAGUCUUAAUCCUGUUGCUGCAACAGUUAGUCGAGAUGGUUUAGCUAAGACAAUUUAUUCACGGUUAUUUGACUGGUUGGUUGAUAAAAUCAAUGUCUCAAUUGGGCAAGAUCCUGAUUCAAAGUCUCUGAUUGGGGUUCUUGAUAUCUAUGGUUUUGAAAGCUUUAAGACUAAUAGUUUUGAGCAGUUCUGUAUUAAUUUUACAAAUGAGAAGCUGCAACAACACUUCAAUGAGCAUGUGUUCAAGAUGGAGCAAGAUGAGUACUCUAAAGAGGAAAUUGAUUGGAGUUACAUUGAAUUUGUUGACAAUCAAGAUGUGUUAGAUCUCAUUGAAAAGAAACCUGGAGGGAUCCUAGCUCUGCUUGAUGAAGCAUGUAUGUUUCCAAAGUCAACUCAUGAGACGUUUUCACAAAAGCUUUAUCAGACAUUCAAAGUCCACAAACGCUUUAUCAAGCCAAAAUUGUCUAGCACAGGUUUCACGAUCGCUCAUUAUGCUGGAGAGGUUCAAUAUCAAUCUGACCAAUUUCUUGACAAAAACAAAGACUAUGUUGUUUUGGAACAUCAAGGCCUAUUGAGUGCCUCUAAUUGUUGCUUUGUAACAAGCCUUUUCCCCCAAAUUCUGGAGGAAACAACCAAAUUUUCCAAGUUCUCAUCUAUAGGUUCUCGUUUUAAGCUACAACUACAACAACUGAUGGACACACUAAAUUCGACAGAACCACACUAUAUUAGAUGUGUGAAGCCUAAUAAUCUUCUAAGACCUGCCAUAUUUGAGAAUCUCAAUGUCAUGCAACAGUUACGCUCUGGUGGUGUUCUAGAGGCAAUUAGGAUCAGUUGUGCUGGAUACCCUACUCGCAAGACAUUUCUUGAAUUCCUAAGACGAUUUGGUAUUCUUGCCCCAGAGGUUUUGGAAGGAAAAUAUGAUGACAAGGUUGCAUGCAAAAUUAUUUUGGAAAAGAUGGCAAUUAUAGGGUUUCAGAUAGGAAAUACAAAAAUUUUCCUCAGAGCCGGUCAAAUAGCUGAGUUAGAUGCACAAAGAACUGUAGUGCUCAGCAGCGCAGUGAAGAUUAUUCAAAGGCAGUUCAGAGCUCAUGUUUCCCAUAAAGAGUUCAUUGCUUUACGGAAGGCUGCUAUUUAUGUACAAUCUUUGUGGAGAGGAAGACUAGCUUGCAAAUUGUAUGAGGAUGUCAAGAGGGAGGAAGCUGCUGUAACAAUUCAGAAAAAUUUGCGGACACAUCUGGUCAGAUAUGCCUAUUGCAAGCUAAAGUUCUCGGUGGUUGUCAUGCAGACAAGUCUACGGGCGAUGGCUGCUCAUGAUGAAUUCAAUUAUAGAAAAAGAACCACAUCCCGUGCAGUGAUCAGUAUCCAGACCUGUUGGCGCUGUCAUUUAGCUUUGAAAUCUUACAAUCAGCUUAGAAGGGCAGCAGUGGUUUCACAGUGUAGAUGGAGAGUGGUGAUUGGCAGGAGAGAGCUUAAGAAAUUAAAGAAGGCUGCGAGUGAAGUAGAUGCACUCAAAGAAGCAAAGGAAAUGCUUGAAAAAAAAGUGGAGGAACUCAAAUGGCAUAUUCAACGAGAGAAACAAUUGAGGAUUGAGCUGGAAGAAGCAAAAGCCAAGGAGAUAACAGAGUUGCAGAAUUCUUUGCAUGUUAUGGAAAAAUAUAUUGAUGAAACAAAUGCAAUGUUCUUCACUGAACAUGAGGCAGCGCAGGGGACACUUCAAGAGGCCCCUCUUAUUACUGCAGAAGUCCCUGUGGCCCAAGAUGCUGAAAGGAUUGAAUCUCUUACUACUGAUAUUGAAAGCUUGAUGGCCUUGCUGCGGUCAGAAAAACAAAGAGCUGAUUAUUUUGAAAGGAAAUACGCAGAAGCUCAAAGGUCAAGUGAAGAUAGACAUGAGAAGUUAGAAGAAACUGAAAGAAGAGUUCAUCAGCUUCAGGAAUCUUUGAACAGGAUGAUAUACUGCAUGUCAGGCCAAUUCAAAGAGUUGAAAAUGGUCUUGUGUGCGUCAUCCAGCUUGAAUUCAACUUCUGGACCUAUGGUCAGAGAAUAUCAAGUUGAUGCUAGUUCCACUGCUUCUGAUGAUACAUCUACGGACUCUGAUUUCACUUUUCCAGCUCCUGGUGCAACUACAGUAAACUUCUCGGACAAUGUGCACCUUGUAGUUGAGGAUCUUUCAGUCACUGAAACAAUAGGAUCUAAAAGCUGGGAACGUGACCAGGAAGGGGCAUUUGAUGACUAUUUCUGAUGAACUUAAAAUUUCUGUAUGUUGUAGUACUAUGUCCCUGAUAGCAUAGAUAUUAGCUUCAUAAAAUGUUGGUCUUUUGGUCUGCAGUUACUCAAAUAGAUGACUUUUGUUCAUACAAGAUGUGUGUAAAAUAUCAAUGGUAGUUUCAUUGUUCAUUUUGUUGUUUACUAUCAUUUUGCCUUAAAAAUGUUCAUCAUAUGGUCUCUUUUAUUGAGAGCCAAAUCCAGUGAAGCUCUUGAGUUUAUGCGUGGUUA